AAAAACAUUUAAUAUGUAAAAUAUAUUUAUAUAUACAAUGUUGAUCCCGCGCAUGGUACAGAUCUUAGUCAUAUAAGUAAAGAGGGACCCCUUAACGUGUACCUCUAUAUUGUUUUGUAGCCCUACGUAUGAAAUUUUAUUCAUCAUCAACUGUUAUUUACAAUUAUAAUACAAAGAAUAUGACACUUACCCAUGACGAACUGGAUCAACUGGAAAGGAUCCGAGGCACUUGUGUUAGAGAUCCCAUUUUGAAUACGUUUGAUAACCUGGGAAGAUAUUAAAUAACCGGUCUUUGCUCCCGAUCUUAGGGGGUUUAGUCGAACCGUGAGGUGCGGACCACCUCCUGGUGUAAAAGAAGAAGAAUAUGAAACUUUUAAAUUUUUAAUGUUUCUUAUUGAUUUAUAGGUCAUCAAACAAGAUUGAUUAAAAUCAAAAAGUUUAAUUAAUUUUGGGCCAUGAUCUGAUUUGGAUUGAGCACUAGCCUCUUUCUUUGACAUUUUAUGUAUAUCUAAUUUGGAUAUAUGCUUCCUCUUACAUUAGUAUUAUUCUUUUUUUUGUGCACAUACACAAGUAUUAUUCAUAAAGCCUUUUUACGUCAUGUUAUUUUUUCUCAAUUGACUCAUCAAAGUAGCUUUUCCGUGUGUGAACAGAAUAUGCGUUCAAAUUUAUAUAUAAAUGAUAUGUCCGAGCUAGCAGUGAAUACAGGCCUGAGUGAAUAAUACAGGUUUCAUAACUCACUAACUAAACCAUACAUGAAUAUAAUUAACUAAGCAAUAAACAGUAGGUCUAUGUACUUUUUGUAUAUAUAUAAACUGUAAGGAUUUUAAAAAACGUAUCAUAAGAAAAUAAAAAUAAGUACUGGUAGGUUACCAGUACUCUAGUUCAGAACUUUUAACAUGUAUUUGAUGUAUAUGUAUUAAUAUGAAGCUGAACUUCCGGAUACUGAAAAAACAUCGGGACGAACCUCGAAUAGAGUUUCGGAAAUUUUGUCCACCCUUUUCUAGUGCUAUUUCUUAUGUGCCUUUGCUUAAAUAUUAUUUCUUCUUUUGUAUGAACAUAAAAAGCAAAUUUUGAGGGCUGCAUUGGCAGCAGAACAAUAUAACAUCGAUUACAUAGGGAAUAUACAGUAGAACGUCACAAUAUGCUUUCUUUUAGUUAAUAAUAAGAAAAUCAUAUUAGUUAUUCAUUUUUGUCUUAAAUGCUAAUUAAAAACAUUUUUUACAACGUUAGAAACAUUUUGCAUGCUGCUGCGAAAUGUAAUUAAAUGCAAACAAACAGAAAAAUAAAUAGUUGGAAACUUUGGGCUGUGUGAUUGUGAAUCAAAAGUAUGAGUAACUUUCAACUUGGAAUUGUCCCACGGUUGCAUUGUAUUAUCAAAAUAAUAUGUCGUUUGUCACAAUAUAAUAAUAAUUUUUCUAUAUAUAAUAAUCACUCUAGACGUCUCCAUCGCAUGUUCCCUUCAAAUUAACAUUUGGCUUCUUUAGCUCUCAUAGAACACCAUACCCAUCCAACAAACUGCCUUCUAAUCAUUUUAUUCGAUUGAAGAGGAAAACUUGUAAAUUUUAGUUUUAUUUUCUUGAGACUGCAACGGAAAAAAUGGGAAGAGCACCAUGUUGUGAGAAAAUGGGGGUAAAGAGAGGACCGUGGACUCCCGAAGAAGAUCAAAUCUUGAUUAACUAUAUUAAUCUCUAUGGCCAUUCUAACUGGCGAGCGCUUCCCAAACACGCAGGUUUACUUAGAUGUGGGAAAAGUUGCAGACUUCGUUGGAUCAAUUAUCUGAGACCAGACAUCAAACGUGGCAAUUUCACUCCUCAAGACGAACAAACUAUCAUCAAUCUACAUGAAGUCUUGGGCAACAGAUGGUCUGCGAUUGCUGCAAAAUUGCCAGGACGGACCGACAAUGAAAUUAAAAAUGUUUGGCACACUCAUUUGAAGAAAAGACUCAACAAAGACCGCAACAAUGGCGGAGUCACCAAUGAGCUUAACGGAACUAACGAGACCGCACAUGAAGACAAAGAAUCUGUGAUUGUCGACACAACUCCUACCCAACAAUUUACAACAUUAGAGAUUUUAAAUAAUAACAAGGCGGACGAAAUGAUGUCGUACGAGGAUAUUUCUGCAUUGGUUGAUGAUAGUUUUUGGUCUGACGUUGUAUCGGUAGAUAAUAAGAAUAGUAAAGAGAAAAUGGUAGAGGAUUGGGAGGGAAUGCUAAAUAGCAAUAGUAAAAUAUAUAGUUAUAAUAACUCGAAAUUGUAUAAUGAUGAUCUGGAGUUUUGGUUUGAGGUUUUCAAUAGUAGUCGUAGGAUUGAAGAACUUUCGGACAUACCCGAGUUCUGAUUUUGAUUUUGUGUUGUCGUUAAGACUUGGAAGGGUCUUUUGUAAACCAAAUUAAUAUUUCCUCUAUAUUCGUCGUUGAGAUAUCUUUCGUUUCUGCAUGUAUAUGAAUCUUACAUCAUUUUAUUAGAAUGAUUCAGGGGGAGCAAUUUUGUUAAUUUGGUUCUUAAAGAAAUAUUAACCGAAGUCAAACAAAAAUAGUAAUGUGUCGAUUUUGUAAUAGUCACAUUCAGUUAUUUUUCCAUAUUAAUUCCCUUUACACUUUAUAUUAUACUAGAGUAGGCCCGCGGAUAAACAAAUGAACAAAUAAUAUAAAUAUAUUUAAAAUGUUUAACUUAUUUUCAACUGAAAUUAAAUUAGUUUUCAUGUUUUUUAUUAAAACAAUUUAUCAAUUUAUUUGAAUAUUUAUUUUAAAAACCAUAAAAUUAUUUAUUUAUUAAAAGUUUAAUAGAAAAUUAUUAUUUUGCUAUAGUUUUAGUCUAACUACAGAUGAUUCAAAUUGUUUGUAUUUUUAUUUUAUGUUCUAUGUUUUAACUUUUAACAAAGAAAUACUGCAUAUCGUAGCUUUAGUCACUGAAUAACCCAAAAAUUUUUUGGUCUUGUACCAAAAAGGCAUUGGUCGUUUCUUAGUAAAGUAAUUAACUCUCACUAUGUUGUGGGCAUGUUUAUUAUGUUAAUCUCUCUCUAAAGCUUCGUGUUCUUUUCAUGUUUAUUAUGUUAAUCUCUCUUCCACAUUGUAUACAAACCUAACAUCUUUUCUAAGACAUCCGCGCAACGCACAAAACUCAUCACCAUUGAGCGCAAUCACUAUUUUGAAACCCAGGUCAUGGGUUUGUACUUUAAUUGAUCUGAUAUGACAUUUUUUUUUGUUUACUGAUUUUGAUUCAAUCAAUGUAAUUCAAUCAAAUCUUUUUUACUCUUUUAAUAGUCUAGAAAAUCUCUUCUCUCAAGAUUGAUCCUUUUGAAGUUAAACCAUUUACGUUGGAUGUUCAAUCAGUUUCAAACUGCACUCUAGAAAAUCUGCAUAACUAUCUUUUGUAUAUCAGUGACACAUUCUUUUCUAUCAUUUAAGCAUGGAAAAUUAUCAAUCAAAGUGGAGACUAAUCGGUUUUUUUUUUAAAAAAAGUGGAGACAUCACAAUGUGGUCAACACAACUCUUAAACAAAGAGCGUGUGGUUAUUCUGCCUAUUUUGCCCACUGGAUCACCUGGAAAAAAAGUAAAUAAAGAGUCGACAAUGCAUCCAAAUAAAAAGAGAUAUAUAGAUAGAGAUAAAAACAUUGGCAUGUUAUUAAAACAGAAUAGAACACCUUCUUAACAUGGCUGAAGCUUCAUCUGUAAUGUUGGCUCAGAACCUGAAAACAUAAAAGAUAUUAUUAGCAUGAAGAUUGGCUCUUAAGUUUCUCAUUACAGAAUUUGGCUCUAAAUCUUUUCUUACAACUGUUGUUAUUGCUCUGUUGGUAGACAUCUCCAAAACCUUCUUCACAUAGCCUAGCCUAAAGCAACAAACCACUUCUUUAAGACUCUCCAAAGAAGUAUGAGCUAAAAGAGAGCUUGCUCCAUCACAAUGUAGACAUCAUCAUGAUCCUCAUAUGCAUCAUAGAAAUGAGGAGAUUAUCAUGACCAGACAAAGUUUUCAAUAUCUUCACUUCUCUCCUCACGUUUCAAUGGCAAUAGCCGUCCUAAUCAACACAACAAUUACAAACAAUCUAACGGAUGAUACAGAACCAAAAGACAUCAAAUCAAAAAACACUUUUUAAUCAAAAAUCAAAAAGCACUAAACUUUGCUUCGUGAAUAACAUUAAUAGCGACUUGUUAUCACCUUUCUUAAACUUAAGAGCACUGGCCACGACAAACUUCAUAACCGAGCUCGUACUUCCUAGAGAAACUCUUGGAGAAUCAAAGCUCUUAUCCAAAACCCACGUUGCCUCCUUCGGUUUCACGGAGCCGUGCCGUCUCGCGAUGAUGCGUUUAGCCAGAGACGGAUGAUGAAACGGCCGUUUGAAGAAUUUCUUCAGCGUGGAGUUCCCAUUAGUCACUGGAGAUCUCGUCAGAGCCUUCUUGGAGAAGGAGUGAGAUGAAAUCAAACUGUAAAACAUGAAAAACGAAGACUUUUUCCACUCAUUGUUCGUUACAAAGUGAUCUGUCUACGGGAUGAACGGGAUGAAGGUUCAUCUUUUUAUAGCUGGAGAUUCAUCGUUUGUAGAGUGCAUUGAAUGAGGAAUCGUGCUUGGGGUGGGUUGAAUGAGUUAAGAACGUUAUUAAUUGCGAUGAAUCAAUGCAUCUGUAACAGUUCAUAGGGGAAAAAUCUCAAUCAAAACGACACGAACCGAGCUUGAUUCCAGAUAUUCUUCACGAAGGGUCGUCUCAGAGCACCAUACAGGAACUCCAAUGGCGGUUCAGAUAUGCAGAGAUCGAAGGAGACGGUGAACGCCAAUGGUUGCCUUCUCGAAAAUGAUGUAUUAAUUGGACAAUUGGGAUGGGCUUUUGUUUUUAACACAUGGAUAAGCCCACGUCAAUUGGUUUCCCAAGUUAAUGAAACAGUGAGUUUUUGAAGAGAGGAACACGUGUCGAACUGUUAAGAGAUGAUUUUCCUAUAUGGCAUCCUAGGUGUCUUUCUAGUGAGAGAGUAAACUCUUUUAUAUAUAUAAAGAUGUCAAAAGAAUUUUAGCUUUAGUGUUAAGGCAAUAAGGUAAAACUGUUUGGAAAGAUUUUGCAUCUAAAGUAUGUCGAACGUCCAAAAUAUGCAAAAUAUUACAGAUUACGUAUGUGUUAAAUGUUUUAGUUGCGUAUCUGUUGUAGUUUCAUAUGCUGUGCAACUUGUAUUUUGUAUAUGUUAUUUUCCCACGUACAGUAUUUUCAUUAGUGGUAUCUCAACAAUUAUUUCAAUGAGUAUUUCAUAACUAAAUAAAUAAAAUAAUAAAAAUAGAAAGAAAUGAUUUUUUUAUUAAAAAAAUACAAUAGAAUAUUUUUAAAACACAUGUUCUUACAAAUAAUUUAAUUUCUCUUUUAUAAUUUUUUUAUAACAUAACUAAACUAAAUAUAAGAUAGUAAUAUGUAUACUCAAAAGAGUAACUCACCAACGAAUUAUUUACAUGUUAGCAAAAAAUAUUUAGGGGUUGAUUGGUUGCUGAUGUAAUUUUAGAUUUUUUGCUUUAGAAAAUAGGUUGUGAUUGUUUUGUUUUGACUUUAAUUUUUUUGGUUCUAAAUUUAUUUUCAAAGCACUUAAUAAAAGCACGUAGUGUCAGGCAACAACUGUUUUUUAUCAUUUACUUGGAUGUGGAACACCCGGUUUGAUUUACAGAAUCAAUAUGAGACUGUUUUGAAAAAAAAAAGAGCUAUCAUAUUUCUUUUUCUAACUUUUUGGUGUAGUUUUAUUUUUUAAAACUAAAGCAUGAUUGCUUGAUAAAAAUAUUUUAGAAAAAAAAGGAUAACCAAAGCAUCCGUAGCCAUUGCCAAUUAGCCCAUCACCGAAGAAUGUGCUUUUAUAACUCAUCCCAGGCAGUAAGUUAACUCUUAAUUUUUUUUAUAAAUGUUAAAUAGUUUAUAAACAAGUUGACCAAAAAAAGUCCAUAAAGGAAUUUAUUAAAAUGAAUAUAUUUUGUUACAAGCCAAUAAGUAUAUCUCUAAUCCUAUUCUAUUUUUUCUUCUAAAAUAGAGUUUAGAGUAAAAAUAUUUUAAUGAUACUCUAUAUUCUAUUCUAUAAUAGUGUAAACCUAUUCUUUACUCUGUAUAAAGAGUAAUUUUUUUAUUUGUUUAUUACUCUAAAAUAGAGUACCAUUUGAUCAACAUCCAACUAUAUUAUAGAGUUACUCUAUUUAAAGAAAAAAAUAGAGUAAACCAUUGGAGAUCGGCUAAGUCUCAGGAUGUCCCGCACGAAAACAUUAACGUACUACACACACUAUUCGGUUCGUAUAAUAAGACAUUGGAUUGAGACAAUACGAUUUAACAAACUAGAAUGAUAAUUUAAACAAAAAUAAAUAGAAUGAUAAAAACGUGAGUAGCUGACAACGAAGCGAUAAUAAUUAACGUUUACGCAUCGCACCGAGAUUGUUAUUUGGAAUGAUAUAAAUUUCAACAUCAACAUCAUCAUUGUCUUUUUUAUUUAUUAAGGUUAGUAGCUACUACUAGUUCACGUUUUAAAUCUGGAUAAAUGCUGACAAAAACAAAUCUGGAUAAGUUUUGAUUUUGAACGUUGUGAUUUGUGAAUGUGCAUAGAGCCGGCCUGAAGAAAGACAAAUAAAAUGUUAAAUUUAUAUUCUCCAAAAUUUUAAGUUUGAUUAAGACGAUGCUGUAACUAAUUAUGACAAAUACUGAACAGCGGUAUAUCCAAACCAAAAGCUACAUGACACGUAGUUUACUAAUUCUCAUCUCACUAUUAUAAGAAUGAUUAACCUCAGUCUUUUAACUGGAGUUAAUAAGAAAAGUUAAGAACCGUCUCUUAAAUAAAAGAUAUGAGAACCGCUUCUUAGCCGAAAAGUAUAAAAAAAGUAUCAAAUCAUGAGUUAAGAACUCCGGCUAAAAAAACCGGGAUUAAUCAUACCCUUAAGUACCCCUGAACCUAUCCUAAGAGCAUCUCCAACCAACCUCAAAUCUUCAAAUUUAAAGGUUUUUGCCAUUUUAACCAAACCUCAAAUCUUUAAAUUUUGAAGUUUUGAAUAGUGACACCUCAAAUUUGAAGUUUCACUAUUUAAAACCUCAAAACUACUAUUUAUUUUCUUUUUAAUCCUUACAACUAUUUUCUUUCACAAAUAGAUCUACUAACUUUAUUUAGAAUAUUUUAACUACACCAAAAUAAAAUAAAAUAGAAUAUAUAAUACAUAACAUUAAAAUAAAAUUCAUACAAAUAAUGUACUAUAAUUAAAGCUCACACAAAAUAAAAUUCACACAAUUAGAAAAAUAUAUUAAAUAAAGCUCACACAAAAUAAAAGUACUUGCAUAAUUUGGUAUUUUAUAUGUAAUUUUUUAAAAUUUGUGUGUAUGUGUGUUGUUUUACUAUAUAUGUAUUUUGUAUUAUUUUUAUUAUAUAAUAUUGUAACAUUGUGUGUUGUAUAAUAUUAAAAAAUAUGUUUUAUAUGUAUUUGUGAAGUUUUAUUCUUACUAGUAACUUUGGUUAAUGUGAAGGACUAUAAUGCAAAAAGAAUAAUAUUUAAAAUUUUUUUUAAGGAUUCAUGGUUAAAGUAAUCAAUCUUCAAAUCUUCAUUUUGAGGUUUUGCUCCUCUUAGAAUAAAGUCUUGGGUUGGAGAUGCUCUAACAUUUACGUCUUGCUUAAACCAAACCAGAAAUGAAAGUGGUUUACUCGAACAGUUAUUAGUUACAGAGGUUUUGGCUCUCUCUCUCUAGAAGGAGUUGUUCAAACCCGAGGUCUAAGGCAGAGUUGGACUGUAAGUUUGCGUGUGUCACUGCUUAUGAUCUCAGCCACAUUGGAGACGCACGUCACCUUCGAUGUUCUCUUCACUUAGGACAAAGAAAGCUUUAACUUUUCUGGGUUUAUCCAAAGUUUUGAUUUUAUUUUUGAAUUGUGAUUGGACACUAGGAUAUGAAGUGUCUUAUGUUCGUAAUUUAACGGAUGUGGAUGAUAAGGUGAGAUGAUUAUGUCAAGAAACUGGUUCUAACUAAUAAUGCCUAUCAGACCUAACUUCUUAAGCUUGACUUUGGUGUUACCAUUAGAUCAUUAAGAUAAGUAGCCAAUGUCUGUUACGGCAGUGGUUCCAUUCUCGGACCGCAUCAUUAAGAUAAGUUUCUUCCUUGUUGUCAGGUGCUUGAGCAGUUAAAAGAGAAGGCACUAAAGAGCCCUGGAAUGAAAGAGGAUCAUAUGUUGCAGAGAGUGAAGGAGAGGACAAACGCAAGGAAGAAUAAAGAAUACGAAAGAUGUGAUGCAAUUAGGAAAGAGUUGGCAAAUGUUGGGACCGCUUUGAUGAAUAGUCCUGGGGGAACAACUUGGAGACCAGCCAUUCCUCAAGAUUCUGCAACCACAACUUGAGCUUUAAACUUAUAAUAUAGUCUCUAUUCUUUUGUUGUUUAGGAAAGGAUACUUGACUUGUAUAGAAGGAAAGCAGCUUCUUACUUGUUUUGAGAUAGGAAAAGGAGGGAGAAAGAGAGUUUUUAUAGGUUUGAUUUGUGUAGUUUUGAAUCGCUUGGUGUAACAUAGAGAGAUCUGAAACAGCCGUUGUUCCCAUUAUUUAUUUUUCUCUUUUUUUAUUACUUUAACACAUACA